ACAGAAGAUAUUUUUGGACACAUUGUUCUGUCCCAACGGUCCAUUUAAUCCAACAUCCAUUAUAUUUGGGUCCGUUUGAUCGAGGGGCCAAUCUAUUGGGUUUCAAAAAAAGGUUAGGGUGUCAAGCAAAGCUUUCAAGUUAGGGUUUGAGUUCCAGCUAGAGUCAGGGUUUCAAAGCAGUUUCGAAAUAGGGCUUGAAGGCAACGUUAGUGUUUGAAAUGAGUUUACGUAAUUAGCACAUUUAAACGUCUUUGAUGUUUUUUUUUUUUUCUAACUGGUGGGCUGAGUCAGCCCCCUCCCUCCCUCCCUCCAAGUCCUUGUCCAGCCUCCACAUUUUUUGCUCCAUAAAAAGCAUCCAGCGCCUCUUACUGACACUUGUCUCGCUUCAAAGUCACCCACCUUCUUCUUCUUCUUCUUUUCUUUGCUUUUGCCAUCCUGCUGAGGAUCUGAGAUGUCUUGCCUGGACGGCGAAGUGUGCGUGGUGACGGGAGCGUGUGGCUUCCUGGGAAAGACGCUGAUCAGGAUGCUCCUGGAGCAGGAGAAAAACCUCCGCGAGAUAAGACUCCUUGACAUCGACAUCAAACAGGAGCUGCUUCAAAGUCUGGAAGAAUGCCGAGGCGACAUCAAGCUGAGCGCAUUUGAGGGGGACAUCAGAGACGCCGAAUUUGUGAGGACAGCCUGUCGAGGAGCCACGCUGAUCUUCCACAUCGCGUCCCUCAUCGACGUCAUCGACGCCGUGGCGCCCAGUGAGAUGUACAGCGUCAACGUCAAAGGCACACAGAAUCUUUUGGAAGCCUCCAUCCAGGAGAACGUCCCCUCUUUCAUCUACACCAGCACAGUGGAGGUGAUGGGUCCCAACCCGGAGGGUGAGCCAGUGGUGAACGGCCACGAGGACAUGGCCUACCAGAGCUCCCUCAAGUUCUCCUACAGCAAGACCAAGAAGGAGGCAGAGGACAGGACCCUGGGGUGCAACGGCGAGCGCCUCCGGAACGGCGGACGCAUGGCCACUUGCGCCCUGCGCCCCAUGUACAUCUACGGCGAGGACUGCCGGUUCCUGCUCAACCACAUGGCAGACGGCGUCCGCAACGGCGGGGUACUGUACCGGAUGUCUAUGCGGGAGGCCAAGGUUAACCCGGUCUACGUGGGCAACGUGGCGGCCGCCCACCUCCAGGCCGCCCGCAGCCUCAAGGACCCCGAGCGGAGGGCGGAUGUGGGCGGAAAGUUCUACUUCGUGUCCGACGACACACCGCACGUCAGCUACUCGGACUUCAACUACGCCGUCAUGUCGCCGUUGGGCUUCAGCAUCCAGGACAAGAUGACCGUGCCCCUGCGCCUCUUCUACGUCGUCUGCUUUCUGUGGGAGAUGGCGUGCCUGAUCCUGCGGCCAUUCCGCCGGGUAGUGCCGCCCAUAAACCGCCACCUGCUGACUAUGCUCAACACGCCCUUCAGCUUCUCCUACGACAAGGCCAAAUGCGAGCUGGGCUAUGUGCCUAAGUACACCUGGCAGCAGGCGAGAAGCAACACCACCCAGUGGCUCGCGCAGCAGCUGCCCAAACAAAGGGAGAAAAUAUGGAAAAAGUAAAAUUUUAUAACUGGAGUUUUAACAAAGAAAGAGAUGCGAAACACCCUUGGUAGUGCGAGUUAACUCACCGAACAGAGUACCCUAACCCUAAAAAACAAACAAAGAUGAAACUCCUUUGGCAGAUUGAGUUAAACCAUUGAAGAAACAGACAGGCAACUAACUCCCUAGAUAGCCUGACUUAACAUAUAAAAGGAGACCAACAACUCCCUUGCGUGUCUGAAUUCAACCUUGAAGAGAUAAAAUUGAGUUUCAAGACAUCAAGAGAAGAUUAUGUUGUACAUGCUGAUGCUUACAGGACACACACGCUAGCUUUUGUCUAUUAAAAUUGACCCCACUGCACUGCAGAAAUACACAAAGACACACAUGCACCAAAGACAUACUGAUAAUAUUCAGGCUGAGAACAGGCAAUAACCAGUUUGAUAAGUAGCUUCUGAGGUUACAGGAACCGUCAUCUGGAAAGGAGACUCAUUCGGCUUCCGGAUCCCACGAGAGAAGUAGAGCACUCUAUUCUUCUACCUGCCCAAAGCUUUUUGUAAUUAAUAAAUACUCAGAAGACAA